AUGGACUUAGGUGAACUUCAUCAUCGUCUUUGCAAAAAGAUUGCCUAACUUACUAAAGUUAUUUUCUUCUUAAAUACAAAAAAUGAUGAAUAUGAAAGUAAUCUCAAAGCUGUUGUAUAAGCAUAUGAAUAAGAAAUGGAUUUAAUUGUAAAAGAGUAUAUAAUUCAUAUUUAUAUCUAAGUGCUAAUCAAAUAGUUCUAACUUACAAGCAAGCAUUAGAUAAAUAAAGCAAGAAUGAUGAUAUUUAAUAAGAACUAAAACAACUUCAAGAAAAAGUUUAAGUUGAGAAAUAAACUGCAUAAAUUGAAUAUUCAUAAUAUAGAAAAAGAAUGGAAGAAAAAGAAUAAGGUCUUGUUACAUAGUAUGAAAAGAAAAUUAAAGAAAUUCAAAAGGAAACUGAAAUUUAAAAAUAAAAAUUUGAUGAUCUCUCUAAGUAAGUUGAUAAAGUUAUUAUGAAAUAAGAGGAGCAAAAAAGAGGAUCACAAAAAUAAUUAGAAGAAACUAUUAAAGAAUGGAAAGAUAAAUAUGAUUCUCUUAUGAGAAAAAAACUUGAAUUAGAUGAUUAAAUUGCUGAUAAAGAUAGACGUCUAUAGAAAUAAUAAUUAGAAAUAGAUGAUUUAUUGAAAAAAAUUGAAGAAGAAAAAAGAAAAUCAAAAGAAGCUUAAGAUAGGUUGUAAGAUUUAAUGAAGCAAAAUUUUGAUUAAAAACUUCAAUCAUUAUAAAAUGAAAUUAAUUCACUAAAAUCAGAAAUUAAUAAUCUCAAAAAUUAGAAAGAUGAUUUAACAAAAUAUAAUCAUAAUUUAUCAGAUGAAAUUCAUUAACUUAAAGAUUAGAUUGCUAAACUCACUCUUGAUUUAAAAGAUAUUGGAUAAAAAUAUCAACAAUCUUAAUCAGAUUUAAUGUAAUAAAAAAAUGAAAAUAAUAAAUUAAAAUAAACUAAUAAUGAUCUAGAAGAUAGAGUAAAGUAACUUAAUUAAUAAAUUGAGAAUCUUAAAUAAUAAUUACAUGCUUAUCAAUAAGAUGGCUCUAUGAAAGAAACACAAUUAUCUAAAUAACUUAGUGAUCUUGAAUAAUAAUUGAAAGCUAGAGAUUUUGAAAUUAGAGAACUUCAUAUUAAAUUAAAUGAAUUAUAAAAGAAAGCAGAUAUGCUUCAAAUGGAAUUGAAUGCUGUUAGAGAUGCAAGUGAUAGAAGUAAUAGUGAUAAAUUAAAAGAAAUUGAAGAAUUAAAAAAAACUGUUAGAAAAUUAGAAGAUGAAAUUGAAAAAUUAUAACUAUAAGCUAAAAAUUAAAUGGGAGAAUUAGAAAAAAAUUUAUUAAAUAAAAUUGAAUAAAUUGAAGCUGAAAAAAGAGAUUUAAUUAAAAAAUAUGAAGAAAAAAUAUAAAAAAUUACAAUUGAGUAUGAAUUAAAAUUAAAAGAAUUAAAGGAUGAAUUAGAGAAUAAGAUAAAAAAUUUAGAAAUAAAUCAUUCAUAAGAAAUUGAAUAAAUUAAAAAUGAAUUUAAUAAGAAAUUAAAAUUAUUAGAAUAAUAAUUAAAUGAUGAAAGAGCAAAUGUAGAAAAAUCUGCUGGUCAAGCAAUUAAUGAAUUAAAAAAUUAAAUUAAUUAAGCCAACAUUAAAAUAUCAGCUUUGGAAAAUGAAAUAUAAAAUUUAUUAAAUAAAAUUAAAGAGUUAGAGUAAACAAUAAUUUAUAAUUUAAAUUAAAUAACAGGCAAAGAAUAAGAAAUAAAAUAGUUAUAAUAAAAAAUAGUAGAAUUAGAAGAUAAAAUUAAGUAAAUAUAGAUGGAAGGUUCUUCUAAUUAAGGUUAAUUAUAAAUCAGAAUUUAGGAAUUAGAAUAACAAAUUAAAUAAUAAAGGAUUGAACUUUUAAGGGAAAAAGAUGAAUAACUGAAUUAAUAAAAGCUUUCAUAUGAAUAAUAGAUGGAUAGGUAAUUAAAAUUUAUAUUAUUAUUUUUAGUUUGAGAUAAUAAUUUGAAGCAGAAAAAAAAUAAAGUAAAAUAGAUUUUGAAAGAAAAUUGUAAUUAAAAGAAGAAGAAAUAGCUAAACUAUUAUAAUAAAUUACUUCUCUGAAAAAAGAUAUGGAAACUGGUUAAGGUGAUUGGGCAAGAAGAUUAAAAUUAAAAGAAGAAGAAUUUGAAUAGAUGCUAAAAGAAAUUAAUUUAAAACAUAAUUAUGAGAUUGAAGUAUAAAUUUAAUAUCAUUAAUUUAGUUGUUAGAUAAAAAGAAUACUUAAAUGAAAGAAUAAAUGAAAAUAUUUUAUGAAAAAGAAAUCUAAUAAAUAAGAGAUGAUCUAAAUGUUGAAACUUAAAAUAAAUUAAAUUAAUAAGCUAGAGAUUUUGAAAAUUAAAAGUAAUCUCUGAUAAAAAACUAUGAAAAUUAAUUAUAAGAUGUUUAAUAAAAAUAUGAAAGAUAAUUAAAUGAUAAAAUUUCAGAAUUUGAAAAUAAAUUAAAAUAAUUGUAAAAUAAAUUAGAAUAAGAAUAAUCUGAUCAUAAAGCUACUAAAGAUAUAAUAUCUGAUCUUAGAAGAUAAUUAGAAAAUUCUAUAGAGUAAAAUAAGUAUUCUUAAGAAAAAUAUGAAUAAUAAAUAAAGAUUUUGUAAUAAUAAAUCAAAGAUUUAAAUAUAAAAUAUCAAUAAGCAGAAACAGAAUUUUCAAAAUAAAUAAAAGAGAAAGAUUAAUGGGUUUAGAACAUGAAAGAAGAAGCUAAAUAAUUAGAAUAGCAAUUACGUUAGUCUCUAAACUAGUAAUUAAAAGAUAGUUUAAUAAAAUAAAAAGAAUUUGCUGACAAUUUAAAAAAUGAGUUUGAAUAAGCUUAAUAACUAUUGAUGCAAAAAUUUUAAAUGCUUGAAGAAGAGUAUAUAUUUUCAAUAUAUAAUAGUUAUAAAGAACUAACUCGACUUUAUGAAGAAAGACCAAGUCGACCUGAAGAUUUAGAAUUAAUUAAAUAGUUACAAUCUUAAGUCACUUUAAAAGAUGAAGAGAUAAAGAAGGUACAUGAACAGAUGAAAUACUUUAAAUUAGAAUUAAUUAAUAGAGAUAAUAAUUACAACAAAAUGUUCAAUGUAAACCCUACAAUAGGAACACUUAAUGUUCUGGAAAAUAAAUCUAAACCAUAAACUGGCAAAAUGCAAUAAAAAAAAUGA